GGGGUAAAGGAGAACACGAAAACGAAAAGAAGUCAAAAGGAUCUUUUCGUAACUUUAAACAAAAUCCAGUUGGACAGACGGUCUCAAUCUAGUUCAGGUAAGGUUCCCACCUCCUCCUCAUCGCCGGCUGGUACCUCACAAUCAAUCACAUACCCCUCUGAUUCCCAAUAAAUUGUGAUUAAUGUACUAGUUACAAAUUCACCAAUUCAACUCUCGUCGUUGAGUCCAGUCCAGUAAACCCAGUCUCCUCCUCAGCCAGCGAGUUCGCGUAAACAUCCGUGUUUCUCCUCCUUUACUUCGAUCAAAAGCAACCCAAUAAAACAUCCCAAGAGAUCUAAUACCCACCCCCCCAACUCCAGCCCUAGAAAAUUCAAUCAUCUUCUCUCUCUCUCUCUCUCUCUCUCUCUCUCUACGUCUAUCCUAUGUACUCAUGUGUCCAUGUAAGCAUUUGGUCUUUAUCCAGGAGUAGGUUUUGAACAAUGCGCGAAUGGCUCAGUACAGGCAAUCGGGCUUCGACAGGGUACUCCACAACGGCAGCGGCGGCAACGGCAACGGCUCCUCGGAUCACGUGUCAAUCGGAAUUCGCGCCCCACCGCACAAGCAGCACCGCAACCACCGGCGGCUCAAGGGACGUCGCGUCUCGAUCGGCGCCGUCAUUGUGAUUCUCUCCCUCGGCUUCGUCGUUUCUGUUUUCGCUUUUCUGUAUCUCUCCAGGGACAAAGAUAUAAAUGGGUAUUCUCCAGAUGACGAUUUAAGAAGUGAUUCUGAUUUUCUCACAAAUGUGACACGGACAGAGAGGUUUAAAGUCCUGAAUUUUGGCGACGGUUCGGUAGCACAUGGCCGGGACUCUCGGUAUUGGGAUAAGGAUGAUAGGAGAAGGGAUGAGGAUUACAGUGAGGAUGCCAUGGAGCAUGCUAAUGUGCGUGCUAGGGAUGGGUCCACUGCCGAGGCUCAAGUCUCAACAGAUAGGAAGAAUGGCGACAAGAAGUCUUCUACUGAUAAAUCUAAAGGUUCAGGGACUAGAGGUGUUGGGUUGUAUAAUGAAGCUGGGCGUAAUGAGCUGAAAACAUAUGAGGCGGAAUAUGAGGCCUCUUUGAAGAGUGUUAGCAAAUCAGAAGAGGGGCAUAGUGACAAAAACCAGUUCCUGGAUAAUGACAAUCUGGGACUUCAGGAUGAGGAAAUUGAUGUUGAUGAUGGGUAUGAUGAUGGUAUUGGUUUACAUGAUGCUCAAGCAGAAGAUUAUGAUGAUGUUACACAUGAAAAUGAGGACGAUUUGGAUGUAACAAGAAUGGACAAUGCGGAGCGCAGAGAGUCUUCUGAUGCCUUUGACACUGGAACGAAAGACCAAAAUAGUGCAGAGGUGGAAGAAGCUUCCACUGGUUUUUCGGACAAAAAUUCUUUGGUAAAGUUUCAACGUUCUGAUAAAAUCAAUGCAAAUUCGAGACAUGUCAGUGAUAGUCAUGGUCAAUCUUCUCAAAGGUUGUCCAAUAGGCGUUCAGUAUCCAAAACCAAGUCGAAGCGACGAAAAUUUUCUGGUUCUUGUGAGAUGAAGUUUUUAAAUUCUACUGAAAAGCUUGUUGAGCCUUUAGAAAGUCGAAAGUUUUCAAGAUUUUCCUUGCAGUAUACAGAAGUAGAAGAGAGGCCCGAAGGACAACAACAAUGGGAACCUAGAUUUGCUGGGCAUCAGAGUUUAAUACAACGGGAAGAAUCGUUUUUCGCACGUGAUCAAAAAGUAAGUUGUGGGUUUGUGAAAGGUACCGGUUUUGACUUGGCAGAAGAUGAUUCUAAAUACUUAAGCAGUUGCCACAUUGCUGUGAUUUCUUGCAUCUUUGGAAAUUCAGAUCGCUUGAGAACACCUAUGGGCAAAACGGUCUCUCGUUUGUCGAGGAAAAACGUCUGCUUUGUUAUGUUUGUGGAUGACAUCACAUUGCAAACUCUUUCUUCAGAAGGCCAGAUGCCAGAUAGAAUGGGUUUUAUUGGUUUAUGGAAGAUAGUGGUGGUGAAAAAUCUGCCUUACACUGAUAUGCGUAGAGUGGGAAAAAUUCCCAAAUUCUUGCCACAUCGACUUUUCCCUUCGGCAAGGUAUUCUAUUUGGCUGGAUAGCAAACUACGUCUCCAACUUGACCCUCUGCUCAUACUGGAAUACUUCCUGUGGCGAAAAGGUUAUGAGUAUGCGAUUUCCAAUCACUACGACCGGCAUUGUUUAUGGGAAGAAGUGGCCCAAAAUAAGAAGCUUAACAAGUACAACCAUACCAUCAUUGAUGAACAGUUUAAAUUCUAUCAGGAUGAUGGGCUGAAAAGAUUUGACGCAUCUGAUCCGAACAAGCUUCUACCCAGCAAUGUACCUGAAGGAUCUUUCAUUGUUAGGGCACACACACCAAUGUCAAACUUGUUCUCUUGUCUUUGGUUUAAUGAGGUGGAUCGGUUUACUCCUCGUGAUCAGCUGAGUUUUGCAUAUACAUACCAAAAGUUGAAACGGACUAAUCCUCAAAAGCCUUUCUAUCUCAAUAUGUUCAAGGACUGUGAGAGGCGAACCAUAGCUAAGUUGUUCCAUCAUAGGUCAGAGGAAAGGAGGAACGUUGCUCUGGGUGAGACAGAAUAGUUUCUAUUUUCAGGUUCCCAUUGGAAAGUUAUGUCACAGUCGGCAACAAGCUUACUGGUAGAUUGAAGUAGGAUUUGUUGUUCAAACAAAUUGCAGAAGCCCUGGCUGCUUACUUCGUAAUUUGUACACUGACAGUUGGAUUCGUAGAACACUUCUAUUGACACAACUGGAUCAAUCAACCUCAGUUUUGCAGGCCCCUCUUCUGCGGAAAAGAACUGGAAAGUAUCAGCAUUAGUAGAUCGUCAGUGUAUGAAUCCAUUUCAUUUUUAUUUGUUUCAUUGUUCGGAAGAAAGACAAGCACCCGGUUUUCAAUUCUCGGCUGUGGCAUCUUCUGCUAAGGUUUCUCUCCCGUCAAAGUGGUGCUGUUUUGUUGUCUAUGAGAUGUUUUUACCAAUUAUUCACACCUUGUACAUUAGGUCUUAUCCAUCGAUGAUUACUGCCUCUUUUAUGUACAUUGAGAAAUGUGAAAGGAAAACUCCUGCAAUCAAGAGGAAGGGAACUAUUGCUUCUUUA